AGGGAGGCUUUUUAUGUAUUUCAUUUCCACAAACAGAUAUGCAGAGAAGGAAGUAUGACUCUGCCACUGCUUAGGUUAUAACAGACUCGUUGCUACUGCAGUAUCUGUUGUACAAACUCCUCUACAGUGGCAAAAAUGAAGACCAUUUCUCUGUAUUUCUGUCUUUUCUGUGCCGCUUUCACAGAGAAUUAUGAAAUCAACAUAGAAGGAUUUGAAGGAAGACCGACGUCGUUCUCCUGCUCUCAUAAACUGGCAAAAUCAAGGACAAAGUACUUCUGCAGAGAUCCAUGUCAAGCGGAGGAAGACAUAUUGGCUCGAGUCAAACCUGGUGAAAGAACAGCCAAGGGCCGACUCUCUCUGAAGGACUUUGGGAAUGGAGUCUUCAAUGUGACCUUCAAUCCCCUUCAGCAGUCGGACACACAUUUAUACUACUGCAGCGUGGACAGAGUGGGCUUCGACACGUUUACCUCAGUCAACAUCCGUGUUCAGAAAGCUGUGACCACACUUCCUGCACAUGUUACUUCAGCACUGCCAUCUCAACAUGUCACCAACUCUACACUUUUACUGAUGGACUCCAGCAAGCAGCCAGCAAGCUCCUCCAUAGCCACAACUCCCCUUGGAAAUGAGAAGAAAGUGAACCAGGGAACAGUAUUGUAUGCUGCGUUGGGAGCCUUUGCAACGCUCACUGUGCUGAUGCUGGCUGCAGUCUGCCGGAAGCUCAAAGGCAUUUCAAAACCUCAGCUGACUACCUGCUCCACAAACAGAGAGCCUGACGAUGCCUUCAGACCAGAGGUUCAAAGCAAGAAUGAUAGCCAGAAGAAGGGAAGUAGUGUUGAGACGGUUUCUCAGAGCAGCUCUGUUAAUGGUCAUCACCAAACUCAGAAUCUACCAAAAUCAAGAACUCAAGAGCUUCGUGUCUAUGAAAACCUCUCAUGUUUGAGAGACACUGCAGGUUUGAGAUUUGCAAGUUGCCCAAAGAAUCGCAAAGAGACCUCUGAAAUCUAUAUUAAUGUUUUGCCAUAAGCUAAACCUGAAAAAAUAAGUCAUUUUUGUUUGAAAGAAUGACUUUAAAAGCAUCCUCUUCAGAGAUCCUCCUUUUUACCAGUCAGCCUUGUGCAGUCACUGACUUAUCAUGUGUGAAAUUCAAAUCUUUGGUUUUGGCUCUUUUGUAAAGAUUAAGCAAAAAACCUUUUGGGUCUUAACUCCUUUAUUAGAUUUAUGUACAUGGGUUGUAGACUCAGAUGAAAAUAUUGGGUGUAUGCAUGUUUUCCACUUGAAAUCUUAUCAGAAUGUGAUAGGAGUGUGUGUGGGGUGUGUGGGGGGGUGGGUGGGUGCAACUUAAUAAAUCUUUUAAUCAGAAACUGAGAGCACCAGGACUCCUGUAAGUAAUUUGAUGCGAUCAUCAAACACUUGUAUCAGUAAAAAUCACAUCAUUUUCCUCAUGUAAGGGCGCACAAGAAAACCAACUUUUGUUGUUUUUCAAGCAUUGUUAAGAAGUUACCAAAUGUAUCAAAUGUCCUAUUACAUAGCAGACAAGAACUAAAGCCUUGGUCACAUGCACCCAAACGAGUGCUGACCCGUAUGGGUCAUGCGAGUUUUUGGGUUGUCUGGUUCGUGGAGGGUCGUAGAGGAUUGCACACCUCUUAAGGGGAGCUCAGGUGUGUCUUGCAGUUCCCUUUAGGCCCCUACAGUCACCUCAGGGGACAUACUUACCCUUAGGUGUUGUAUAAGUGUAUGACCUAUCGCCUGCGGGUUGUCUGUAGAAAAAAAGACAUGAACAUUUCAGAUCCCGGAGUCCUUCAGAUCUUGGAUCCCCGAGAUGUCAAUGAUCUUAAAAUAUUGUACAGACCACCUGCAUGCCCCAUACAGGUAUGCACUUCUUUUCACCUGCAGACAGCCUGCAUCCACCUGUAGGGCACUUGUGACUAAGGCAUGAGGUCCUUGUAAAAACGCAUCAACAGCACAUGUGUGCAGAGGAGGCUCUUUGAAGUGGCUCUGUAAAUGUGCACUUAAAACAAGAGAAAUUAUUGGUGUUCAAGUUUUAGCUAAGAAUUUAACUAAAGCAACAUUGAUAUGUUUAAAAAAAUAGUAUUCAUGUAAAUCCUCCCAAUUACAUUUAUCCAAACUACAUGGUUUUUUCAUAUGUUUAUGUAAAGACAGAUCAUUAUUAUCCAGCAAUGCUUUGAUUUAGUGUUCUGUAAUUAAUACAAUUGUUAUAAUUGAUGUAUUUUUCUCUGUAUUGACCUGCUGUGUUAUGUUUCUCAUCAACACGUUUCUGUUACCAAAAUCCCUUUCAUGUCAUCUGAGGACUGAAACAUUGUUGGCUAUGGACAUGCUUGUUGUUCUUUCUUAAAAUCAUCAUCAGUUCAAA